CUUUUCUUUUCCCGCUUCGUCUAUAAAACCAACUUUCUUUUCUUCUCCCUUUGCUUAUCUCUCUUUCUUUUUAAUAUCUGGUUCUUUUUUCUUCGAUACAAUUGUCUGCGACAGUCAAAUCUUCCUUCGUAAGCUGUUCUUCAUUGAUUGAACCAUCCAGGAUUCGGUUGUCGCAGAAGAUUUUCAAUCUCUUCGAGCACAAAUCGACCUCUUGAGGUUUCAGUCCACCCUUGCAGCGGGAUGAUGUAAGAAGACUGCCAUGAUGGAAUAUAUUUCGGACAAUUGGAGCCCUACUACGCUUUCUCCAAUCACCACAUUCGGACUCUCACCAGUUGUCGCACUUCCACCAGUUCCUACCCACAAUCGUGGAAAUACACCCAUCGAUCAUCUCCAAUCGUGUAGACUCCAUGAUGAUGCUGGCCUCAAGAUAUGUUACGGGACCCUUAGAAGGAACAAAACUUCUCAGUGCAUCAAGAAAGCAGCUUCCUUUCAACCACCAAUGAUGCCAACUUGCCGUCUUCAUCAAGAUCAGUUCAAAAGGGCUGCAUACUGCAAGGUGCCAUUGGCGUGUGGAAUUGAUUGUGGAAGAAUCUGCCAGUGGAUUCCGCAUUCAUUCCAACGUUGCGCGGCACACACCAACCAUGCGAUGCCUUGUUAUUUCCUCAAGAUACCACUCGAGUUGAGAAAUCGAAUUUACGAUCUGCUGUUGCCGAACAAAACCAUCCCUUCUAGUUACGGUCACACCAAUCGGAGGACUGACAAUGAGAAAACUCAUAUGUCCAUCCUUCGUGUCAACCAACAAAUACAUGACGAGACAAGCAGGCUUCUGUAUUCAUCCAAUACGUUUACUAUCCAAGUUUCCGAACAUGGGUUAAGGAUGUGCAAUUCUGCUUCGGAACAACAAUUGCCCCUUCCUCAUUAUGGGAAUCAUGGUCAUGCUCUGCAAGAUUAUCAGAUGCAACUUAUGUUACUUGAUCAACAAAACAAGAGACGUCUUAUGAUGGCAAGAAAUCAUAUAAUUCCACCUCAGAAUACACCAUAUCCCCAUCCUGCACCAGCAAACUAUUCGAUACCGCCAUACCUCCCUGAUGCCCUUCAAGCACCAACUCAACUGGAACCUGUUUGGCAAGCACCACUGAGCCCAAGGUAUUUCAACCUAAUCCAACGUUUCCGGAUCGAAAUCGUUUUCUUCGGAAAGUUUGUUCUCAAUGAAAAUGAUGGUACAAUGAACGGCCAAGCUCGGUUGCAACGACUCUACGAGUUCAGCGAUCACCUUCAUCGACUGGUGAAUCGUUUCCGAAUUACCGGACGACGCAUCAACUGCUUAGAGAUCGAGUUCGAAUUCGGCGAAGCCUACAAUGAUCCAGACGAAGUCUUCUCCGUUAUAGAAUUGCUUCUCCGUCCCUCCAGACGACUUUGUGACAUCGGACGAGCUUGUGUUGAUUCGAUCACAAUAUUCAUGUCUCAAGCCGGCAGCGGGGGAGAUUACAUGUUACAGCUCCUCGACCCAGGACAGAGAAACGAAAACCUCAGUGAAUUUCUACAAUCAUGGUCUCGGCAACUUGCUGCAUCAACCCCCUCACUUCCUCCCAGUCCAGUUUUCGACGGCUACUGGCGACUCGAAGUGCUACUCACGAAAAUCAAAGCGCACUGCAAUCAUGUGGCUACGCAAAUGAACCAAGAUCUCAAUUCUGGGUUCCAGCACUUUGCGGAGUUGAAGCAGAGAGCUAGGAUUGCGAGGGAGGAUGAUGAUGUGACGAGUUUCAAGGAGAUUCUUGAGACGGUGAUUUCGACGUGGCAGAGGUAUUUGGAUUGGGAGAAGGAGUUUGAGAUGAGUACUUGGAAGGAUGUUGAAGGUAUUUGGGAUGUUGUUGCUGAUGGGGAGCUGGUUGUGUGAUGGGACGUCCCCAUGGCUAUGCUUUCAUUUCUUUACAAGAAAAAUGUGGUAAUCAUGUCAGCACUUGUACUGCUUUUUUGUUUUGGUGUUGAACAUUGUUCUAUCCUUAGCUGGUGGAAAGGAAGAGGAGGCCUUGAUUCCUGCGCAGUUUGGAAGUGAUUAUGGUUAGCAACAGUGGGAUCUGCUUAUCUUCACAGUUGGGUGC